UUGCAGUGCUCAAUGAGGUCUCACGUCAGCGAUGGCUGUAGUGUCGUGGAAGGAGAUCUGUCUUCUGACUGGACUGGUGGUGGGCUGUUACUGGAACAGCCUGUUCUGUGGUUUCGUGUUCGAUGACGUCUCUGCUAUCUUGGAUAACAAAGACCUUCGCCCCACCACACCACUGAAGAACCUCUUCCUCAAUGACUUCUGGGGCACACCUAUGUCAGAGGAGAGGAGCCAUAAGUCCUACCGGCCGCUUACUGUUCUCACCUUCCGCCUCAAUUACCUGUUCAGCGAGUUGAGCUCCUCAUCAUACCACCUCCUCAACGUGGUUCUCCACGCCGUGGUGUGUGUCCUCUUCCUCCACUUCUGCCGUCUGCUCUUGGACCGAAACACCAGCCUCAUAGCGGCUCUGCUGUUUGCUGUCCAUCCCAUCCACACAGAGGCUGUGACAGGUGUCGUUGGCAGGGCUGAGUUGCUGUCCUCCAUUUUCCUGCUGGCUGCUUUCCUGGCAUACACCAAAUCAAAAGGCGCCGAUCACUCCAUUG